CUACUUUCAUUCUACCACCAGCAAAUUAUGUUAAAGCUAUCCCGAUAUUUUCAACAACAAGCAAGGCGCCAUGUUGGAUAUCUGAAAGUUCAUAAAACCGGAAGUGGUACAAUACACAACAUUAUUGCGCGCUUUGCAUUAAAACACGAUGUAACUGUGGUACUGCCGUUCAAUGGAAUCCAUAUACUUGAGAAUCAGAAUCGGAUGUCGUGGAAACUACUUCCAGUACCAAAAGAUCAUGAGUUCGAAAUGCUGUUUAACCACGUGAUAUUCAAAGCAAGACGAUUCAGGAAUUAUCUACCAAACGACACAAUUUACAUAGCCUCUGUUCGUAAUCCGUUUAGACAAUUUGUUUCUGCAUUCACCUAUUUCAAAUCGAUGUAUGUGCAAAAAUUACGAACAAAUAGUUUCCACUCUUCACCCAUUCACGCCUUCCUUACAAAUACUUCCGCGUACGAUUCCAGCAUCCGUUUUUCAUUGACUCAUAAUUCUAUGGCACGUGAUUUUGGAUAUCCGGCUGCAUAUAUCGACGAUAUUUCACUGUUUAAAAAGUAUUUAAACAAACUUGGAGAUUUCUUUCAUCUAGUGGUCGUGUUGGAGAGGUUCGACGAGUCUAUGGUCGUAUUGAGGAGGUUGUUAAACUGGUCGGUGAAGGAGGUUCUUUAUAUUGAAAUUAAUAAACAGAAAUAUAAUGUAACUUAUCAUCAGGAUGACUCAACACUUCAUCAGAAAUGGUCCCAAUUAGAUUACAUUUUGUAUGAUUUUUUC